AUGGCAGAAUACUUAGAGUUGAUAAGUUCGUUAGAAUUUACUAACAAUUUCCGAGCCUUCGUAUUAUUUUCAGAAGCGACGGUCUUCAUAUAUAGCUGUUUCGCCAGCAACACCAGAGGAAGAAGUACCCCUCAGGAUUUACAAGUCGGGGAAACACUGGAUUUAAAGAACCAGAACCUUAUAAUAUCCAUUGAAAAUCGCUAUCUGGCCAUUUCGCCAACAACACCAGAGGAAGAAGUACCCCUCAGGAUUUACAGGUCGGGGAAACGCCGGAACAAAUCAGAUGAUGACGCCAAGGAAAUCGAUCAAUCUUCAGUUAAUACCACCUCUACCGAAAUGAAAAAUUCUAACGAUACUUCGGCAUCUAAUAUAUCCGAUAAUACUUCAAAUUCUGACGUUGCUCCUGAACGAAUAGAAAAUAGUUCCAAUAACACACCCGAUUCUGAUCCAUACCAGGAAAAGGAUAGCCGAUCUUUCACAUCUCCUAUUCCUAUAGGAACUUUAUCAUCGGAAGAGAAAGAAAUUAAUGAAUUUUUGGAAUUACAGGAAAAGGAGAGGGUUAGUAAUAUGGAAAGAGAAAGAAAUAGGGAAAAGAAGAUUUGCCGAGGGCAACAAUUGGUACGAAAAACAUCUUCCUCUUCUGAUACACAAAAUGCAAUUUCUACUGAGAUAAAUCCUAUUAUUGAAACUACCCAUGAUCAUAAAACUACCCGAUUAGAAUCAAUGCCUACUGAUCAAGCACAAAAUACCGGAAUCAAAAUUUCAUACAACAAAAGAGUGGAGCAAGUCUUAAGACACGAUUUAUCUGUAUUCAUUAAAGAAAAUAUUAAUAAUAAAGUUAGUGAAGUAUUUGAUAUACAAACUCCUGAAUUCUCGCUAGAAGUAAUUAUAACAGGAUCUAGCAAAAUUACAGCACAAAAUAUAGCAGAUUUAUUUGUUAUAGCAAUGAAAGUUAGACAAAAAGAGAUUUUAUGCUGGUAUUGUUACUAUAAAGCAUAUGAGGAUCGAACUGAAGACAUUAAACGUGUAAAUAAAAUUGAUGAUCAAUCAGCAAGAACAUUGGUAUAUAAUAAGAUUAAAGCACUUCUCCUGGAUAUCAUCGAUGUAAACUUGCGUCAGAGAACAUUCAGGGCAAAAAAUAUUUAUGUUACUUCUUGA